AUGAAGAAGAUUGGCUUUCCGUUUCGCUAUCGCAUGAUUACCAGAUCCAUGCAUCAGGCGCUGCGAGAAGGACAGGAGGCGGAGUGCGAACUGCCGGCAAGCAAGCGCCAACGGCUUGAUUCCUCGGCACCCGCACAAGGUGACGGCCAGUUCUCGAGCUGGCCCAUCUCGGAGGCCGCGAUGAUGUGUGCCAUCCUGGGCGCCAAAGUCGACCUUGCCAAUGCCGUCUUGGCUGGCUCGCCAAAGGGUUUCGCCCAAGAAAUCGAUCGACUGCGAGAAAUCCCGACACAAUGCAUUCCCUCCAAGCGCAGAAUUGAUUCUCACUUUCGAAUCGAAGAGGAUGGAAUCAUCGGCGGUUACCGCCUGCGCAGCUACGACAUUAUCUGGCCGAUUCUGAUGAAGUCGAAUCGGCAGGAACAUCCCGUCAUCGACAUACGAGCGGCCGCCAUCGCAGAAAUAUCGGCCAACCUCGAGGGGCUUUGCCAAGACCCGCGCGUGCCGGUUGCUCGCCUUGGAGCACCUGGACUGUCGGAAAUCGGAGAUGUGACAGAGCCAGAAGGCUCUCCGUCCCUGACGAGGCCCCAUUCAUCGCCAUGCGACACGAAGUCUCCGACGAAGCGGGAGCCUCUGCCGACAAGUCCCAUCAAGGCUCGUAGGUUGAGCGAGACCAUGGUGCGCCUCUUGCCGGCCUCGAGCCCGCAGGUCGCCUCGUCGCCGACCAAAUCGGCUUCGCCUCCAUCGACACCCUUGGUCGAGGCGGCGACUUUGCCGGGGCUCGCGACAACGUCCCCCAUUCGGAGACUGCCGGUGCCCUCGAGUUCCGCUCCGAACACGCCCGCGUUGAUGCCAUGGCCGGUCAAAAUCAGCACUGGUCAUGGAAGGGGGGACCUCUCGGCACCUUCUUCGCCCUUUGUGUCGGUUCCCAGCUCGCUCGGUCGACCUGUCGAGCCGACGCCGCCGCGACGGAGCCCGACAACAGAGGCAUCGACUCCCCACUUGGCGCUUUCGGCCCAGCACGGAGCGCGGCCGGGACCGCUGACGACGCCGCAGCAGCUACCGUCAGCCAUCGACGGCAUCGACGGCAUCGACGCAAGCCCCUGCGACUCUUUCGAUUUCGGACACAUCUCCUCGACCUUUAACUCUCCUGCCCCCGUUCACUCGCCCCUUCGCAUUUCCUGCCGAGCCAGCGGAAUGAACAAGGCGAGUCGGAGAAAAAGCGAGCCCUUGGUCCGGCGCCGAUGGAGGAGCCAUGCGGCCCCGAGGAAAUCGACAUCACCGCAGAAACUGUCGUUCAGCAACAAACUGUUUGUCGACAUCAGCCCUUCCGCCGCCUCCUCGCCCCUCGUUCCGCGUCCGGGUCAGGAAAGCGCUGGCGUCGUCAAGGAUUCGGUCGCCAAGAAGGAAGGAUUUCACACUCCCCAAACGUCCAGCUCCCCGGACGUGGCCUUGGGUGAGAUGGUGACGCCCGCGAUAUCGUGGGCCAAGAUGACUGGCCGCGCUCCACCUGCGUCCCAGAAAAUGGCGAGGACGACGACGACCGACAAGUGCUUUAGUGUGGACAUGCGACGGAACCUUGACAUCUUUGGCGGAGCGCAGACGUCGAUUCCCACUCCGCAGAGCUCGGUGGACCUGCUCGCAAGGAUGGCCGCAGACAGCUGCGACGGUGAGGCGAGAGUGGUGGUGACGCAGGCGGACGACAGGAUCUUUGUGCGGUUUAAGCUGCCGGUCGAACAUGCCUCGAAGUUCCCCGUCACCCCAUCGUUGCCCUACGACGACGACAGCGAUAGCCUCGGUCGCGAUUACAUGCGCGAUUUCAUCAAGCGUUCGAGGCCGAGGAAGUCAUCGACGACGGAGACGGGGUCUCCGAUGGCGGCCCCUGGGAAGCGACAGCCGCUUGGUGCCAAGAACCCAAACACGGAGAGCCCACAGAAGCGGGCUGGGACCGCCGACGUGGUCGGCGAGGCAAAGAGGCAGAAGCUGCCGGGUCCGCACGAUUCAGAUGACAAGUCGACGGAGAGAGAGCGGCAGACGCAGGCGAGGACACAAGAGACGGGCAGCAACGGCGCCGAAUCGGAGAAGCCGGAGGCGGCGGCGACGCGGCGCUCAUCGCGGCUGCAGCACCAGCAGACGUCUGGGCCCAAGCCGUCGAUCUCAGGGCCGGCCAAGGCGGGAACGGGGUCGAGGAAGAAUGGGCGCGCGACCGGCAUCAAGCAAGGGGUGAGAAAGGGGCAGGACGUGGUCUUGCAGACGCGGACGAACACACGCAACAAUAGAGGUGCUGCGAUGUAUCCGACCGAAGUCUUGGCAAGGCAGGCGUUGGAAGAGGCGGGGGGUGACGGGUCCGAAGAGAAGUCGGCGACUGCUAAGGGUGGAAAGAAUGUCGGCUGGAAGGAGCCGUUGGUCUCGGACCAUCAACCAAAGGCCAAGAGAGGCAGAGGGGCGAGCAAGGAGGCGAAGGCGAAGACGACGCAAGGGAAGACGGGCAUGGCGAGGCCUACGCGGGCCUCGGCCGGCGCGGCGAAGCAGCAUUCCGGCGGCGUAACCGCUGCGCUGGGCACGUCGACGAACGGGACACCCGGACGAGGCCGCGUGACGCGAAGCUCGGCUCGACAGAAGAAGUGA